AUGGCUUCCCAUUCAACCUCGAAUACCUCAGAAAAGCCAUCAGAGGCCUCGUUGCCCUUUGGUGUCUUCUCUCCUCCCCAGAAUUUCUACGAAUGGAAGAGAGCCCUCGCCGAUGUGAAAUGGCUAUGUUUCAACCAGCAAUACAAACAAUGUGCCUUGCGUUGCAAUCAGCUCAUAGACACCGCGUCUAAUCCGCUCCAUCCGAUCCGUGCGACCUACCUCCACUAUUAUGCAGCCACCUCAUAUGAGUAUAUGGGACGAGCUGCUCACAUAUUUUCAGCUGUCAAAGUCCCGCUUCUGACUUCUGCUAUGGAGCGGUUUCAGAUUGCCUAUGAGUCUUUGCCCGCCACUAUUCCGCUGCCAGUUCUGAAUCCCAACCAGACCUACUCGCCAGUUACCUUUCUCCAUUCGCCCAACUCGUCUCCUCGGUCUUCUGUGACUACUGUCGUGUGGAGUCCACCUUUUUUGGAGCGUGAGGUUGCUCCUGGGUCUGUUACAAAUUCUGAAGCUCUGUCAGUCGAGAAUCUGUCAGCUCAUAAUGCUAGGCUGGCUAGCAUUCCUCCUGCGCCCGUCCCUCUCUCUUCUUCCUCUUCCGGCUCGACUAUUACCACUGCUUUUUGUGUCACACCACCUCCUGCUGCCAGAGAAGCCUCGCGUCUCGACUAUGAUGCUCCUCCCCCAGCUUUUCAUAUCCCGCCUCCAACUCGCAAGCCCCCUCCCCCACCAAGCGACGUUUCUCCUCGCCCGGCUACGAGAGACCAAUUGAUCUCUUUUAAUAGUGCCAGAGAUGGGCUGCCCAACGGGGGAACUAUCGUCCGAAAGAUUGCCCGAAUGAUUGAUAACUCUAUUAUGGCAGGAGGCGACGACCCUUUUGUGACCCACGCGCCGCCAAAACCUCGCACCCUAAAUCAGCCGCCAGUGCGUCUGUCUCCGAUCAAGUUCCCAGCCGGACUUGAGGAUCCAGUAAAGCGUAGCGAGCUUAUUCCACCCCCGCUUGCAAUCCGGAAGAGCUCUGGCGAGGUGCACAUGUGCAACAGUUCUACAAUGGUAAUCUGCGGAGGUCCAGAGCAGGAGACGUCCAAGUCUGAGGUGAAUCGACCCGUCCGAGCUCGCCCUCCCCGGCUGCCCUUAAAGAUAAUCCCAUCCGGGCGUCUGAAUGCUAACACGGAGAAGCCAAACUCUCCAACCCUAGCACCGCAGCCUAAGCGUCUGAGCUCCGUCCUCCCGUCACCUCCACCGACGCCCACCCCGGUUCUGAGAAAGAAGAUCCCUGUCCUCCGCUCGCCAUUCACCAGCCGCGCAGGCUCGCCAGAGCAGAAAAGCACCAAUUCGCUCUCGUCGCGGUCGACAAGCCCUUCCCCCGCGCCUGUGAGCGCCGCGCGCGCGGCCCAGAUCAAUGAGCUUAAUAGCGCCAUCAAGUGGCUCCGUGAGCACAUCCCCGCCGACGUGACCGGGCUCCGCAAGCAGAUUAAGCAUGUCUCGGACCUUCAGCAGGCUCGUCGCUCUCGCAACACGACUAUGGCUCGGUCUGCCUCCUUCUGGACUUUUUCUCCCGUCAAGUCUAACCCCGGUGAACCACAGGAGCCUGUGAUCGAGGGACCUAAUAUUGAUGAGUAUGGAAACGUUAUCCGGGUUGAGACUAAAGCACAGCGCAUCAAGCGCCUCAGGGAAGAGGAUUGGAGGAUUGGUAUUCGGUCGAAGCAUAGUCUUUGGAAGGGGACUGAGUACUAUGACCAGCUUUGCGAAACUGCAUUGGCUGAGCUUGGUGAGACAGGUUAUGGAUCUCGCGAAUGGUUGAAGCGGUGA